CCUUCAAAACAUACAAGCAGGUGUACUGUUUGAGUAUGUGCGCGUGCUAAUAACGUUUGGUUCCCUUUGCCUGAUGUUUGACUUGCAUGCAUCAACAAGCAGCUAGCUCAUGUUAGCCUGGCUAGCUCAGAGGAGAAAGUGUGUUUGCGGUCGUUGACAGCUCGCCAGAAAUAGGCACUAUAUUCUGUACGUUUCAGUUGGAGUAAGUACUGUUUCCCGGCUUUGUUUUGACCAAAUAGCGAGUCCGCAAUAAUAUGCCUAAAGGUGCAGAAAAAGCCAAGGUUAUCUAGCCAGUCGUGUAGGUGUUUUUCUUGGUAUUAAGAGACGUCACGCCAAAUUCCAUUUAAAAAUCUCAGCAUUUAAAGCUGCUUUGCUUGUGCUCUAAUAUAGCUUCUAUAUAUAAAGUAAUUGAAAACGUUGUAUAUAUUAGUAGGCUACCUCGUUCAUUCGGUUUACUUUUCAGUUCGUCUUGAAUGAUUGAACUAACCAGCUGUUCCAUAUACUUAACCAAAUACAACCAAUUAGGACAUUUGCCCUGUUUUUAUUGAAAUGGCAUGCUGCUUUGCGGAUCUAAUGAAUGUAGAUAUUACCUUAACACCAGAGCAAUAACAGAAAAGUCAAGCGAGUUUGCAGUUUGGGGAAAUCCGAGGAAGUGAUCUGUCAUCAUCCUGUCUUAUGGUAGGCCUGUACUGUCACCCACAGUGAAGAACUGUAUUAAAUAAGUAAGUCUGUGAUGGUUCCUGAUGAAAUGUGCAUCAAAGUGCAAUAUGACUGACCAGUUUCUGUCAUUUAGUGACUUGAAAUGCUUAAACUUUCUUCCCCUUCUACCUGUCUGUCAGUAGUCUUGAACUUGGAUGUACACAAAAAAAACAGAGCCAGGAUUGGAGAAGAUUUGUGUCUUACUGUCACGAUUCCUCUGAGAUGGACGUUGGAGUGUCCAAGUCCCACGUGUUUCUCAACUACAGCCCCAGAGCCCUCUUCUCCCAGUGGAGCAUCCCUCUGGGUGCACGGCGUGUCAUGGACGCAGUGAAGGAGGGUCACAAGAGCACUCUGACCUCGGGCAAGAUGGUGGCUCUGGCUGCGGGGCUCUCUGUCGGGGCCACGGUGGGCUACAUCGUCUACCGCCACAUAAGCAGCACAAACAGCAGUCAGGGGGCCAACACUGAGAUGUCAAAGAUGACGCUUCCUGUAGAGGUUUAUAGGAACAUGUCCAGAUAUCAAGCCAAGUUUUUGGAUAUGGUGACCCAGAAGUCUGGAGCUCAUGUGAGGGUUUUGUCAGACUCAGGGGAGCCUGGAUGUAAAGCUGUAUGCUUCCUGCUGCAGGGCUCUAAGGAGCAGAUCUUGAUGGCCCGCUGCAUCCUGGAGAACCUGGUCACAGAGUGUGAACCCGUCACUGUGACUUUGGAGGUUCCUCAGACCGCCUUUGGACGUAUAAUAGGUCGUGGUGGAGGGAGUUUGAAGCUGAUCACCAGAACCACAGGGGCCAAAGUGUCUUGUUCCAAAGAGAAGACGCAUGGUCCGUGGGCAAAGGGCGACGUUACAAUCACAGGGACCAGAGAGGAAGUGAAACAGGCCAAGGAGCUGAUUCUAGAGAAAGUCAGAGAGGACAUGAUGGUGAGGACUAAGAUCUCUCAGUCAUCGGCUCUGCGGCAGAAACGUGGCCACACCGUGGUUAAUGAGAGGCCGGACAGCACAGAAACUGAGGCACCAGAGAGCUUAAACAACAACGGGCCCCUCUCCCAGACUGUGAAAAACGGGCUCAUUCACACCUGUGAAACCACAGGAGAAUCAGAAAGUCUUUUCGACAAGAUGGAGGAGCUGAAAAUCAGCAACACAGACAGCAGGGAGGAGGAGGGGGAGGAGAGUUUCUCCACAGACUCACUCUCUGAAAUUUCCAAGUUUGAAAUCCCCAGCCCAGACCUGAGCUUCCAGCCCGAUGAACAUCUAGAGGUUUAUGUUUCUGCGUCGGAGAACCCGAACCACUUCUGGAUCCAGAUCCUGGGCGUUCGCUCCCUGCAACUGGACAAACUGACAGAGGAGAUGAACCGCUUCUACAACAGUGGCAACCCCACAGAGCAGAGGGUAGAGACCAUUGUGGUCGGGGAUAUUGUGGCUGCUCCAUACAGGGACCACGGCACAUGGAACAGGGCCAGGGUGCUGGGAGUUCUGGGCUCUGGACUAGUGGACCUUUACUAUGUUGACUUUGGGGACAACGGGGAACUGCCCAAAGACAGCCUCCGCCGUAUGAGGAGUGACUUCCUCAGUUUACCAUUCCAAGCUAUUGAAUGCAGCUUAGCAGGAGUGAGACCAAAAGGAGAGGUGUGGACAGAGGCAGCCCUGGAUGAGUUUGAGCGGCUGACUUACUGUGCCUCCUGGAGACCUCUGCAGGCCAAACUAUGCAGCUAUUCUCACUCUGAGAUCUCCUCCUGGCCUAGUGUCAAGCUCUUUGUCAACAUCGAGGGCAAGACUGUAGAUAUUGGGGAGGAGCUCAUACGGCUGGACCAUGCUGUCAGCUUCCAGGAAGCGGUGAAUGGAAGGACUGAGGGUGACAAUCUUGGCUGUCUGCAGAGGAUGCUGGAUGAUGUGAUAGGAGCCUCAUCAGAGCUAAGUCUCUCCUGCAUCAGCUUGUCAGAAGUUGCCUCGAUCUCAGGAAGCGUUGAUGAUGUCAUUGAGGAUGAGCUGCUCUGAGACCAAAGACAUACACGCAUAUCAAGUACUGACCGUCCAUUCCUCAGCAUCAGUUCCCAUGAGAUGAAGGGGAUGUUUCCUUGUUUGACCCGAACUCCUUGUCGUGAAGCCUUAUCAACUUGACAAGUGCAACAGUUCUUCCAGCCAAAUUCACUUUAUUGUUGUUAGUUCAGCACACACUGAAUUCUUUGUUUUGCCUUUAUGCUGUUCUGUUUGCACCUAAUUCAGCUUUGCUUAAAUGUGUUAAUACUAUAUUUUGUGUUCAAGAAAUGAAGAGAGGAACAAAAACAGAAUGCCAGUAUUAUUAGUGAAAAGCACUGUGAUAUAAGUCAGUGGAGAUACAUGGCAGCUGGCUGGUUUGUGGCCAGUAAUGUCUAUUUUUUUUUCUCUACUUGUAUGCAUAAGAUUUAAUGGCCUAGGUAUUAGGCUUCAAGUUAUUAUAUUUUGAAAUGAAAAUACACAGUAUUAUUGAAUGUGGUUCUCAGAUUGUGUUCGGUAUGAAAAUGUGGCAUCUACUGUAUCAUUUGCUAAGGACAGUAGAAAGAGUUAGUCUUCAGAGGUGUUAUAUAUUUCACUAUAUAUUAUAAAGGGUUUAUUUUAUGUCAGAAGUCUUUUAGUUUGAAAGGCUGUUUGUGCUAUAAAUGUAUGUUUCAAAAUAAAAACGGAUGAUGAG